UGUUGUGGUUAUUUUAAGGAUUUUAAGUUUUCUUAAGUAUUUUUUUUUCCAAGCAUUUCGAUGUAGUAAUCAAAGUUUUUCACAAAUUGUUGUAUCUUAUGUGAAUUUAUAAAAAUAGGCUUACGUUUAUAUUCAUUAUGUCAAAAGUCACCCAUACUGAUCAAGUGGACUCCAUAGUUCCACACAACAAAAGGCCGCGCACCAGUGAUGAUUUUUACACAUUCUGUCAAAUAGUAUUAGAACACGAAAACUAUGAGAUGACUAGGCAAGAGGAACUACGUCACUCAGCUAUUAGUCCAAUCGACAGCUCAGGUAGUAUGACAUCUGAAUCUACUCACAGUUCAAUUCCUGAAGAUAAGAACUUGUCGUUGGAUGAUGAUACUGGAAAUGAAUCAGAAACUAUUGAUGUUGAAUCCUAUAAUACUGUUACAUGUUAUUGUGGAAAGCCUUUCGCAGCAAGACCGAUGAUAGAGUGCUCGAUUUGCCUAACAUGGCUCCAUUUAUCUUGUGCAAAAGUGAAAAAGAACAAUAUUCCAGAUAUUUUCUCAUGUCAGAAAUGUAAAAGUAAACAAUCUGGGAUUUCAUCCAUUCAUUCAGCUUCUUCCAUGCAUUUCAAGCCUACAUCUAGACGUAAAAAGCGUGUAAGUUUAUAGAGAUAAUCAGUAUCUUAUAUAAAAACCUUGUACAAAAUGUGAUAUUAGCCUUUGGCCGUAAUGAUUAUGAAUGUGAAUAUUUUGUCAUAUGCUAUUCUUAAUUAUUGCUGAUAAUCAAUUAUUUGCAUAAUUGGAAACGUUCCAUUUUGACAACAAUGUUUGGCUUUAUUAGUUUUAAAAUUUUGUGCUGUUUUUUUAUAUACAGAAGUAAAUCUUACUUUUGUGAUUUUUUAUGGCAUUGAAAAGGUUGAUGCAUCACUACAGAUCUGCAGGAUCUACAUUUCAAGUGAGAUACUUCAUUCAUUUUUUUAUUAUUCUUAAGUAGUUUAGAUACGAAAGUUAUAGAACAAGUUUAUUCAUUUCAAUAUUUGUUUUCCUGUUAAGAAUACUGAAAAAUCCUAGUGUAAAUUAAAACUUAUUUAAUU